AUGUCGGAUUCCAAAGCGACGGUGGACUCGCUAUUCACCGCAGCGGAGACUCGCUUGUCAUGCUACACCCUCUCCAAUGAAAGCACCAUCAAGGAUUCACGGAUCGCAGAAAUCGUGGAACGAGCGGUGAAGCAUGCACCGUCAUCUUUCAACGUCCAAUCGGCCAGAGCAGUCAUCCUCGUCAAGCAAGAACACGAGGCGCUAUGGGCUUUGGCUGAUGAAAGCGUGACGAGCGCCACGGAGGAGAAGAACCACGCCUUCCUCUCCAAGAUGGUGCAAGGCUUCCGCGGCGCAUACGGGACGGUGUUAUGGUUCGAGGACCAAGAAGCACUGGACGGCCUGGCGGCGAAGAACCCGCUCUUUGGACAUCUCGUUCCGGAGUGGGCGGACUCGUCGUCGGGGAUGCAUCAGUUCCUCGUGUGGACGGCGUUGGAGCUGGAGGGCUUGGGAUGCAAUCUGCAGCAUUUCAACUUCAUGUCGGAGUUCAGUGAAAAGGUGCGCGAGCGAUGGAGUCUUCCCAAAUCAUGGAUCCUCAAGUCUCAGCUGGUGUUUGGGAAGCCUGUGGAUGGGUUGAAGCGGAGGAAAGAGAGGACGUAUGAACCUUUGGAGGGCAGAGUGAAGAUUGUCGGCUCGUCGUGA